AUGCAAUACCAAUAACAUAUAUAGAAUAAUUUCUAAUCGAUUGUGGACUUAUAUUACCAUUAAGCCAAAUUAAGUGGAGAAAACAGAUUGAAUGAAAUCAGAGCUUCUACUAGAGUUUAAGCUUGGCAUAAAAUGCAUAAAUUAAGAGUUAAAUAUAAAAAAAUAAGAUUUGUAUUAAAUUGAUUAAAUAGUCAACUGUAAUUAUACAAAAGUUUGCUCGUGGAUAUAUUGCUAGAAUGCUAAUGAAACGAAAUAACGAUUCCAGAUACAAUGAAAGAAAUAUUAAAUAUUUCAGUUAUCAUGCAACAUAGAUUCAAAGACAUUUUAGAGGUUAUCAUUAUAGAAAAUAUUAUAUUAAUUGGUCCACUAGAAAAGCUUAUCUCUAAUUCUUAAAAACAAAGAAUUAAGAUUUUCUUGAAGAAUUAAAAAAAGUGGAAGUUGAUGAAAAUUAAUAAUUGAAAGUGAGAUAAGAAUAAUUAGCAAGAACAGAAUUUGAAUCCUUAGCCAAAAAUUUACAUCAUCUUUCAUCUACAUAAACCAUUGCAGGUGUUUAUAAUCGUCCUUUUGGAAAUAAAGAUAUGGUUUUUGAUUUAGAUGUUGAGAGUCAUCUUAAAGUAGUCUUUCAUAGUAAUUAUGAAUGGGAAAAAAAGAGAUAAAUGUCAAGGUAUGCUAAAACCAAUAAAUUGAAUUACUCUAAUAAAUUAAAACCAUUGAAAUGAAC